AAAAAAAGGUACCGAGUAUCUCAUCCGGUUUAGUGUAAAAAAAACACAAGGAGCUGCAAGCUGCGACGCGUGGGGAAAGAAGUGUUUAGCAUCAGUUUGUAGAUGAAGAGUAUGUGGAGAGACAAGAGCCCCGGACUUAAGAUUCUCUGGCUAUGGACUUUCGGCACUGCUGCUGUUCUGGUGGCCAGUGUUGUGACGACGAGGAUGAGAGACAUGGAGCAGCUCGUUAAUAAACCCCAAGAUCAAACCCCUCACGCCGCCGCCGCCGAACUCACCGCCGAACAUAAUGAAUAAGCCAGCUUUAAAUCCAUCGCCUCUACAUUGGACGCCCGCAAGCUGUUCGAUGAAAUGCCGGAACCAACUAUUGCCUUGGUAAUGCCUUUUUCUUUGUUAAUUGCGAUGCUUCACUUCUGAAUUCUGCCUUUUUUUUUAUUUUGAAUCAAAUUCACUCUUUUUUUCCCCCUUCUCUCUCUGAUUAAUGUAUCGAGAUUUUUUUAGAAUUUUGAUAUAUUGCUUAAACGAGGUUGCUAUUA